GUAAUAAAUCAUAUAUUAGGGCCUGCGAGAUGGAAAUAUGCAUUAGCGUAUAUCGAUGAUGUAAUUAUUUUUUCGAAAACAUUUGAAGAACAUUUAAUACACCUUAAUGAUAUUUGUACAAUAUUAAAAAAUGCUCGAUUUCGUCUGAAUCCAGACAAAUGUGAAAUUGCUCAAACUGAAACAGAUUAUCUUGGACAUAAUAUAAAGAAUGGUGAAAUUCGUCCAAGUUCUCAUAAUAUUAAUGGUUUAUUAAAUACCAGAUUACCACAAACUGCAGAUGAAGCUUGUAAAUUUGUUAAAGCAGCUGAAUAUUAUCGCAAAUUUAUUCCCAAUUUUUCUCAAAUCGCUGAACCACUUAGGAAAUUCGUUCCAACUACAAGAACUCAACAAAAGAAAGGACAAAAAACAAUGAUUACAUUAACACAAGAUGAACUUAAAGCAUUCGAACAACUUAAACAUUUUCUUACAACUGACUUAGUGUUACGAUUACCGAACAAUAGAUUCCCUUUCAAGGUCCAAACAGAUGCUUCGGAUGAGGGAAUCAGUGCAGUAUUAUUACAAAUAUAUCCAGAUGGUGAUAGACCAAUUGCAUAUCUUUCGAAGAAAUUUACACAAGCACAACGCAAAUGGUCUCCAAUGGAACAAGAAUGUUACGCAUUUAUAUGUGCAUUAGAUAAAUGGCAUAAUUAUUUAAGUGGAAUUCAAUUUACUUGGGAAACUGAUCACAAAGCAUUAACACAAUUAAACCAAAAAGCUCAAAUUAACAAACGAUGCGAGAGAUGGAGAUUAAAAAUUUUAGAAUAUGAUUUCAAGGUGAAAUACAUUCCAGGCUUAACAAAUUCUAUGCCCGAUUAUUUAUCAAGAUCUCCUGUUGAAGAUGCUGAAGAAGAUCCUGAUGAAACCACACACCUUCAUUCCAAAUCAACACAAACUGAUAUUUUAUAUGAUAACCAACAUUCAUCCAUCAUCGCAGCUGUUGAAACUCGUGCUAUGAAAUUACAAAAUAACACUUUAAAUGAACUUUCAAAUACAACAAAAUUAAUAUCAGAUUCUCUACAUAAUUCUAUUGAAGAGAAUCGCACCACUCCAUUUUCAAUUGAAGAAUUAAUUCAAGCUCAACAAAAUGAUGCUUAUGCAAAAAAUAUUUUUAAUAAUAUCAAGAAAUACAAACAUUAUAUUAUAAAAGACAAUAUCUUAAUGCGUCGACUUAAAACUCCAGUUCCAUAUGUACCACAAGGUGAUUUUCGACGAACAAUUUUACAAAUAUAUCAUGAUACAGCAGCCAAUGGUGCUCACUUUGGAAGAAAUAAAACAAUACAUAAAAUUAAACAACGUUAUUUUUGGCCAUUAAUGUACAAGGAUAUUAAUAAUUAUAUCAAAUCAUGUAUCCCAUGUGCACAAUUUAAUCCUCGUCGACAAAAAACUCCGGGUACUUUACAACCAAUACAACCACCUGAUGGAGUAUGGCAAUUAGUAUCUAUGGAUUUUCAUGGACCUAUUACACCAAUAUCUCAACGCGGCAAUAAAUAUAUCAUAUCUCUUACCGAUGUUUUAUCCAAAUUCGUUGUUACCAAAGCUGUACGUGAUAAUACAGCUCAAACAGCUGUUAGAUUUCUUAAAGAAGACGUUAUCGCAAAAUUUGGAACACCUCGAUGUCUUCUUACUGACAAUGGAACACAUUUUACAUCAACAUUAAUGAAUGAAUUAUGUAAACAAAUUGGUGUCACACACUUGUAUUCAACACCAUACCAUCCUCAAACUAAUGGUCAAGUUGAAAGAUAUAAUUCAACUAUGGACGCAAAAAUUGCAGCAUUAUCAAAUUUUAAGAAAACUGAUUGGGAUGAUCAAUUACCAUUUGUUACAUUUAAUUAUAAUGCUACAAUUCAUUCAACUACAAAACAAAUACCAUUCCAAAUGAUGUACGGACGAUUACCAACAUUACCCUUCGAUUAUCAAGCCGAUAACGUCACAUUAUCAUAUGAUGCUGAACAUACCAUCAAACUCAAAAAUUUUUUGUCAAAAUUAAAUGAACAAGCCAAAUUAAAUAUUCUAAGGAAUCAAGCUCGAUACAAACAACAUUAUGAUAUUCAUCGUUCUGAUCCCUCAUAUAAUAUUGGUGAUUUAGUUCUUGUUAAAACACUAAACACCCGUCACAAAUUCGAUAUUCGUUAUGAAGGACCCUUUAGAAUUAUCAAACAAUUGACACGAAAAACAUUCAUUCUUCAACACGUCAAGAAACCAACUUUACAUCGUCAAGUUACAUCAGACGUGUUAUUACCAAUAUUUGAACGUAUUUAUUAG